AUGGUUCUUCUACUAUAUGUGGAUGACAUUGUGCUUACGGGUAAUGAUUCCCAAUUUCUUGAGGAGUUUAUUGUUACGUUGGGUACUCGUUUUGCUAUGAAGGAUCUUGGUCCGCUACAUUACUUCCUUAGCAUAGAGGUGACUUCAACCCCUCAAGGGUUAUUUUUGUCUCAAGCUAAGUAUGCGGCUGAUAUACUUCAUCAUGCACAUAUGGUCAAUAUCAAACCAAUGGGCACACCUAUGGCUCUUAAGCUUGAUUUGGGUUCGACUGAUCCAUUUCCCGACAUCACAUUGUAUCGCAGCCUCGUUGGGGCCUUGCAAUACUUGACUAUGACUAGGCCGGAUCUCUCUUAUGCCGUCAAUUCGGUGUGCCAGCACAUGCAUGCACCAUCUAUGGCUCAUUUUGGUAUGGUCAAGCGUAUCCUACGCUAUGUUCGAGGAACUCUAGAUCAGGGUCUCCGUAUUGUUCGCAACAGUACUAUGGAUCUUUAUGCUUUCUCUAAUUCUGAUUGGGCAGGCUGCUACCUUAUCCGGCGCUCUACAACGGGUUUUUGCACAUUUCUUGGCUCCAAUUGUAUCUCUUGGAGUGCAAAGAAGCAGCCCACCAUAGCCCAUUCGAGUAUAGAGGCUGAAUACAGGGCUAUGGCAUCUACUACAACAGGGUUUACAUGGUUGACGUUUUUACUUCGGGAUAUUGGUAUUGCCCAACCUCACCCAGCCACGCUAUUCUGUGACAACAUGAGUGCUCUACAUAUGACUGUUAAUCCUAUCCUCCAUGCUCGCACCAAGCAUAUCGAGGUAGAUUACCAUUAUAUGCGUGAGAGGGUGGCUCUCGGAUCUCUUGUCACCAGAUACAUUCCCUCCAACUGUCAACUGGCUGAUGUAUUUACCAAGCCUCUUCCACGGCAUGCCUUGGCGUGCAUUUGUGUAAACUGGACCUCUGUUCCAGGCUCAGUUUGA